GUCAAAAAGUCAUCAAAUUCGCUUCCUUCGACCACCAUCAUGGACGGGCCCCGAACGGAUGUGAUGGCCAAGUUGCCGCAGCUGCAGAACAUGAUCAAGCGUGAUCCGUCUGCGUACCAAGAUGAGUUCAUGAUGCAGCUGCGCCACUACGAGAGCGAGGUCGCGAUCUUCCGCCUGCAGCCGAACAAGCAGUCCGAGCAUUUUGGCGCGCUCGUCACGUUCCUCUCGCACGUGUCGGCGUGCUACCCCACAGAGCUGGCGCAGUUCCCGCAGGACUUGAUCUACCUCUUGGAGAAGCAUUCGGCCGUGUUGGAAGCGAGUCUGCGCAAGACCCUCGUGCAAGCGUUGAUCCUCAUGCGCAACAAGAACAUCGUGGACGCGCUCGUGCUGCUCAAGCUGUUCUUUGAGCUGUUCCGCGUCCCCGACAAGCGCCUUCGUGAACUCGUGUAUUCGCACAUCGUGUACGACAUCAAGAAAAUGCACACGGACGGCGGCGGUCGCAACGAAAAGGUCAUGCGCGGUCUGCAAAACUUCAUGUACUCGAUGGUGGCCGACGAGCACGAGAUCGCCGCCAUCAAGUCGCUGCAUGUGCUCGUGUCGCUGUACCGCAAGCGCAUCUGGUGCGACGCACGGACCGUCAACUGCAUCGCGACGGCAUGUACGUCCAAGAACACGCGGGUAUUGGUGACCGCGAUCCAGUUCUUCCUCGGCAUCGACGCCGACAUCCUCGAAGACGACGAAGCAGAAAAGGUCAAAGUGAAAACUCAAGUUGAAGUCAACUAUCACUCGUACUCGAAGAAGACCAAGAGCCGAUACAAUCACACCAAGUCUCAGCUGGUCAAGAACCGCAAGGCGCGCAAACGCAACGCCGAGCACGACGGCACGUUUCCCGCCAUCGACCUGCUUAAUGACCCCCAGGGCGUGGCCGAGAAGCAGCUGCGUAUCCUCAAAGCGUCCAACGAGCGCUUCGAAGUGCGGCUGCUUAUGAUGGACUUUAUCGGGCGACUCGUUGGCCAACACAAGCUCGUGCUCCUGGCGUUCUACCCCCUCCUCCAGCGCUACUUGACGGCACACCAGCAAAAGGUCACCAACAUCUUGGCGUACCUAGUGCAAGCCUGUCAUGACGAGAUCCCCCCCGAAGAGCUCAUGCCUGUGGUCCGUACGAUUGCAAACUCGUUCAUUGUCGAGCGGUGCUCGAGCGAAGUGAUCGCGGUGGGUAUUAACUCUGUCCGCGAGGUGUUUGCGCGAGUGCCGCUCGUGAUGGACGAGCCCGGGAUGGACGACUUGAUUCAGGAUUUGAUCAUGUUCAACAAGAGCAGGGACAAGACGUGUGUGAUCGCCGCCCGCGGAGUGCUCAACCUCAUCCGUGAGAUCCAUCCGAGUUUGCUCAAGCGAAAAGAUCGCGGCAAGUUUCACGAUGAAACGGCGCGCCCCAAGGCUUUUGGUGAGCUUCGGGCGUCGGAAGGUGUGGACGGCGCGGAAUUGCUCAUGGAAGCGGAAGCCGCGGGACGAUUCGAUUACGAAGACAACGAAGAUGGAUGGGCUGUGGACGAAGACAUGCUGGAUGCUGGCGACGAGAGCGACGGCGGCUGGGUCGAUGUCGACGGGUCAGGCGACGAGUCGGACGGGUUGCAUUCUGAUUCGGACGAAGAUGGUGAUGGUGACAAUUCAGAUGACAAUUCAGAUGACAACGAAGACGAAGAAGGUGACAAGGCAGUGGUGAUCCCGCAGUCGGAACGGGUGGACGCGAGGCGUAUCUUGACACCCAAGGACUUUGAGCGCAUUCAAAUGCUCAAGAAGGAAGCUGUAAACGCGGCAAAGGACCCCAAAGCCCGUCGGAAGCGCAAGGCGGACGCAGUCGAGAAGAAAGCGCUCGAGUCGAAUCACUCGACCGUGGAUCCGGCCACGCUUGAGGGGUACUCGAAGAAGAAGCGGCAGACGAUGGAGGAGCGGCUGCGGUCCGUGCUGGAAGGGCGCGAGAACUUUAACCACAAGCAAAAGGGCGGCGGGACCACCAACCGCGAGAAGGCCCGCCUCAAGAACUUUUUGAUGCUGAAAAAGAGCUUGCAAGUCCAGUCAAAGGUGCUCAAGUCCACGCGUGAGAUCCAACAUAUCAAGAAUCGAGUCGUCAAGGGCGUCACCAAGCGAGAUGCCAAGAAGCGCCGGCGAACGUAAUACCACAAGACAACACAUCACGUUAAUAAAUCAUGUCCAUUGUAUAU